CGUUAUCUCUGCAACUUCAAUUGAUCUGUGAUCAAAGUACGUCCAUGCAGGGGUACUAGUGCUCUCCGGGACAGUUGUUCUUGUUCGCGGAGUCACGCUAUAAACACUUUUGGGGGAAAACUACAGAAAAGGUUUUGCAGGGAUGAAGCAGGAAAAGAGUAAACACAAGGAGUUCCUGGAGAAUAUCAGUGUUCUGAAAUGGAUAUGGAGCUUCCUCCUGUUAGGUCCGGCUUGUAUUGGAUUGAUGGUGUACCUUCUGUUGACCUCUCUGUGGCCGCUGCCUGUUCUCUACCUCAUGUGGCAGUUGACGGACUGGCACACACCUGAAAGAGGGGGUAGGAGAAGUUCUUUUGUGAGAAACUGGAAAGUGUGGAAGCACGUUAGGGAUUAUUUCCCAAUGAAGUUAGUGAAGACAGCGGAGUUGAACCCAAACAAGAACUACAUCUUAGGGUGUCAUCCUCAUGGGGUGUUCAGUAUCGGAGCCUUUGCCUCUUUUAGCACCGAGGCCUGUGGCUUUAUGGACCUUUUUCCUGGCGUGCGCUCUUGCCUCUGCAUCCUGGGUGGUCUCUUCAAGAUCCCCCUCUACAGGGAAUAUGCCAUGGCCACAGGUUGUUGUCCAGUCAGCAAGCCCAGUCUAAAGCACCUUCUGUCUAAAAGUGGACAAGGCAAUGCGGUGGUGAUUGUGAUAGGGGGCGCUGCUGAGUCAUUGUUGAGCCUGCCUGGGGUCAACACUGUGGUUAUGAAACAGAGGAAAGGCUUCGUCCGGGUGGCCCUGGAGUUUGGGGCUGACCUGGUGCCCGUCUACUCGUAUGGGGAGAACAAUAUGUUCCACCAGGUGAUCUUCUCAGAGGGGAGUGUGGGCUGGAGGUUACAGCAACUCUUUAAGAAAAUCAUGAGCUUUUCCCCAUGUCUGUUUGUAGGGGAACGCUGGUUUUGGAUGCCUUACCACUGCCCGGUCACCACUGUAGUGGGUAGUCCUAUCCUAGUGCCGAAGAGGCCUUUUCCCACUCAGGAGGAGGUGGACCACUAUCAUGGCCUAUACAUGGAAUCCCUGGCCAAGCUCUUCAAUGAACACAAGGCCAGCUGUGGACUCUCAGACAGCCACGAGCUACGCAUCGUAUAGACCAAUCAUUCGGGUCGGCAGCGUAGCCUAGUGGUUAGAGCGUUGGACUAGUAACCGAAAGGUUGCAAGUUUGAAUCCCCGACCUGACAAGGUACAAAUCUGUCGUUCUGCCCCUGAACAAGGCAGUUAACCCACUGUUCCUAGGCCAUCAUUGAAAAUAAGAAUUUGUUCUUAUUAACUGACUUGGCUAGUUAAAUAAAGGUAAAAUAAAAAUGUAAGACUGCUUCCACGAGGACAAUGUAAAUGAUACUGUAGCCUACUGAUCUCCACAGUGAGACUACUUCAAUCCACCCAUUCCAACUAGAGGAUCUGAUUCAAAGAGGUCACAAUCAUUGAUCCCUGGAUUACCCAAGCUGCCUGGCCAAUAGCUUCUGACUGUAUUUACUGUAAGAAUCAACACAAAUCUCACGUAAUUUGGUCAGAUGCUAUUUACGUAGUCUGUCCUUGUGAUAUAAUUUUUUUUUUUAAAGACUACAAUGGAGCAGUGCAUGUGCUUUAUAUGUAGCAAUAAUAUAACUGUGAAUCUGAAUACCUCACUCUCCAUUUCAUUAAAAAAACACAGUGAUUGAUUGUGUGAUUUAGGAUUUAUAAAGAAAAUACUCGGUGGACAUGUUGAGUACAAUCAGACUUUGUAGUUACCAGCAGCAAUCUGAGUGAAGGUUACCAGGGAGAUUACCAGGGAGGUUACCAGGGAGGUUACCAGGGAGUUUACCAGGGAGGUUACCAGGGAGUUUACCAGGGAGAUUACCAGGGAGGUUACCAGGGAGUUUACCAGGGAGUUUACCAGGGAGGUUACCAGGGAGUUUACCAGGGAGAUUACCAGGGAGUUUACCAGGGAGUUUACCAGGGAGGUUACCAGGGAGGUUACCAGGGAGGUUACCAGGGAGGUUACCAGGGAGUUUACCAGGGAGGUUACCAGGGAGG